UUGAGUAAAGAGAAAAAAUAUGUCUUAUGUAGAACAUGGACCUCGAAUUUUUUUAACUAACAAACGUAACUCAGGAACACCUUUGAUAUAUGGUGAUUAUGUUUUACCGAAGAAACGUUUGGAAGGUCGAUUAAAAUUACAUGAUUCUUGUUCAGAUAUCAGAGCUUGGAGUCCGAAUUCUUUAGAGAAUUCGCGUUAUUUUCGUGAACUUAAUGAACAUGAUUCAUCAUUAGGAAAAAUAAUACCAUUUAAUGUAAUCAUUGAUAAUAUUAUUCGACUUAACUCAGAAAAUCAAAAUGAACUUCAGAUAGUUAAAAGAGAACUCAAAAAAUAUAAAAGCCUUAAACUUACCCCUAAACAAGAAGAACAAUUACAAAAUUUAGAUAAUAUUUCAAAAGUAAAAGAAUUAUUACAGAAAAACAGUACAACAGAAAUUUCAAAGGAUGUAUUUUCCAAUAUCAGUAACUCAGGAUCUAUGAUUCAGUCAAAUUCGUUAUCUAUCCAUGUACCUUGCGGAAGAAAUGUAUCAGCUAUAACAAAACAAUACAAUCAAUAUUCUUACUCUUUAACUACAUUUGAACCAUUUUUAAAAAAUUACAAUUUUAUACCAUCAUGUAAAUCUAUUAUAAAAUCACAUCUUGCUGCAGAUUACAGUGAAAAGAUAUCGUCCUGGAUAGAGUAUAUUGAUGUAGCUGUACAAGCUAAAACAGAAAUGCACGAUAUAGAAAUACAAGUUAAUGAUGAAGUUGAUAAAUAUCCAAACAAAAUUAUAACAAUAUCUGCAAUGUCACAAACAUCAUUCAUAUCAAAAUCCAGUGAUGAGGAUAACAGUGCAAUAGAUCUAGACAAAAAUAAUUCCCAAAAAAAUAAUGUAGAGGAACAAAGCUUUGAGUGUGAUGAAUCUUGUAGUGAUAGUUCACAAGAUACUGAAAAUCUAACAGAAUCUGACACUGAGAUGGGAACAGAAUCUGAUUUUGAUCUACAUAACAGCAUUUAUAAAGGAAUUAUCAUUCAAAAAGAUUCUGAAAUUAUAGUUUUGAAAAAUGAACUCUGUGUAUGAUAUAUUAAU